GUGUUGCCAAACAGACAGUUCAACGUCAUUUACGCUGACUUGGCAUCAUGCCAAAUGUCUGUGUAGCUAGCUUGGCGUUAGCCAGCGACCGGAAGGAAGCACGUCACCGGACCACAAAGGCGGAAACGCGGGAAGCGCACAUUUGGAGGGCGACUGCGUGUUUGUGGGCCGGGCCCAUGAACUUUCGGGGUUGGGUCGCCUUUGUUAAAUUCCCGCCUGCCUCCCUCCUCCUGUUGACUUCUGGGUCCCCGCGUCGUCUGUUUGUCCACGCCACCGGUCCUGAGACAAGCACGUGUGUUGUUAACAUGGCGGAGGAGGCGAAGAAACAAGCCGCCUACACGGCGGUGGACAACCACGUACAGAACAAUCAGGUGGUUGGAAUCGGCAGUGGUUCGACCAUCGUCUAUGCAGUGGACAGACUCGCGGAGAGAGUGCGUCAGGAGAAGCUGAACAUCAUCUGUGUGCCCACCUCCUUCCAGGCCCGCCAGCUGAUUCUGAAGCAUGGACUGAUGCUGUCGGAUCUGGACCGGCACCCUGAGCUGGACGUUGCCAUCGACGGGGCGGACGAGGUGGAUGCAGAUCUGACUCUGAUCAAAGGCGGAGGCGGCUGCCUGACUCAGGAGAAGAUCGUCGCCGGCUGUGCCCGCCAUUUUGUCGUCAUCGCGGACUACAGGAAGGACUCCAAAGUGAUGGGCGAGCAAUGGAAGAAGGGCGUUCCCAUCGAAGUAGUCCCCAUGGCCCACGUGCCCGUCUCCAGGAAGAUCGUCCAGCUUUUCGGAGGGGAGGUCAACUUGCGGAUGGGUGUCAGUAAAGCUGGUCCCGUGGUGACGGAUAACAGCAACUUCAUCCUGGACUGGAAGUUUGAGCGCGUUCACAGCUGGAAGGACGUCCACCAAGCCAUCAAGAUGAUUCCGGGGGUGGUGGAGACGGGGCUGUUUGUGGGCAUGGCGGAGCGCGCCUACUUCGGCAUGGAGGACGGGCGCGUGCAGGUACGCGAGGCGUCCGUCCACUGACGGCCGCUGCUGGGGCUCAUCUUGCCACUUCCUUCUGGCACACCGUUUUACCAUCCCGAUUUUACAAGGCAACUGUCUGAUGUGCACAACUGACACGUCUUUUAACUCUGGGGGAAUUCCAGUCAAGUUUUUUUGGGGGUGCCUUAAGGCUUACCACAAUCAUGAUGACAAGAAGAACGUUUUGACCAUUACAAAAACAAAUUCGUCUACAUGUGUGAAAACAACGCAUGCCUGACGUGGCACGCAUGUGCACGACGUUGAGACGCAUGCAUAAAAAAAUAAAAAAAAGACUGACCCGUGCCGCAUUGCAUCAUCAUCUCAAAUCGACAAAGCAGCGUGGCGGGAGGAGGUAGAAAUAUUUUGGCGCUCCUCGAUCUCUCUUCGUGGAGACAGCGACUAAAAGAUGGCGUCCUGUCAUUGCUGUGCGAAUCUUCCUGUUUCAAGUGGGAUGAAAUUAAAGUGUAAUAUUAAAGCAACACUGUUCCUAAAACUUUGCGGGCGAUUGUCAACAGUACAGUCUUUGGCUUUUGAAUGUCAGCCCAAAAAGUGGCCAACUGUGCAUCUUAAGCACACAGGAGAAUAUGCCCCGAUGUGCCUUGACAUAGUAGCUGUUGUUGUAUUUAGAAGGAAGUCAAAUAAAAACACUGAGAUGUCAUAAUAUGGAAACUAUGUAUGCACACAGAGCGCUUCCUGUGUCUCCACUUCUCACGCGAAAAAAAAAACGCACUGUUUUUCCCCCCUUGCCUUUUCUCAGUGUUGUUUUCAGUGCCAUUGUAACAGGUUCCGCUACGCCAAAGUCUGUUUUGCACCAGCUUUUGAAAAAUCAUUCCAAUGUGACUGUAAAUGAUGAUUUUUUUUUUUAACGGUACUCGUCACCCCCCCACCCCCCAAUAAUACAGGACCAAAAUCAUGCAUGUGCCUGCUUCUAACUUUUCAAAUAAACUUAAUCAUGAU